AGAGGGAGGGAGAGAGGGAGGGAGUCUUCCCAGUCAGUCUGAAUCUCUCUCAGCCUACACAAUCUCCCGACACAACCUCGGGCUCAGUAAUGUUGGAUACACUGUGAAAGUGAGCUCUACCUUCCACACACGCUCUGCUAUCAGCUGCUUAAGGACACACACACAGCACACACCCGGCCAUUAUGGAGGAGGCUGACCUGCUGAAGGAGAGGCUCCAGGCGAUCACGGACAAGAGAAGAAUCCAGGAGAACAUCGCCAUGAAAAGGAGACAGAUUGAAGAGGAGAAGUUAAAACUCCAGUACAUAAAGAAGAAAGCCCUGAGGGAGCAGUGGCUGAUGGAUGGUCUGAGUCAGCAGUCGGAGGAGGAACAGGAGGCCAUGAGGCUUCAGGCUCAGGAUGAACAGCAGCAGAGUGAUCAGCUGCAGAGCAACAUCUUCAGAAUAGAGAAGGAGAUUGAGGCCUUGGAAACACAGGAGCUCAACAUCUCUGCCAAUGAAGAAGUAGUUCUGAAGCGGUUAAAAGAGGUGGAGAGGACGGCGGAGGACAUUAUCAAGAAAGCUACCUUGGUGGAUGGAGAGGCAAAUGGAAAAGAACUGAGCGAAGGUUGCAGCACAACUGAGAAUCACAACUUGUUCUUUAUCACCAUGGAAACCACUGAACAAUCAGAGCUGCGGAUGGACUGUGAAGUGGAGGUUGCUGUGUCUGAUUCACCUGAGCAGGGAAAAGAUUUCAGUGCAGAUGAUGAGCAAGUUUGUAUAGAGACAGACACAUCAGAUUCCCCAAGAGAAAACAUGACACUUGACAAAUUAUUAACUGACCUGCCAACUGACAAAAUUGAGAUUGACAAACCCAACUGCUCUACAACCAGUGUUUGCCCUGAAAUGCCUUGUCAGGAUCAAAAGGAGGCAUUGAUAUUGGAACCAGGACAUGAAGACCUCAAUAGGAAUGAGUCGAUCACCUCAUCGGUGUCCGACACACUAUCCAGUGCUGAUAGUGUUUGUGAGAAUGAGGCGCAUCGUAAGAGGCAGGACACGCCAGAACAACUUCCUGAGCAAGAACAAGUCCCUGAGCCAGAGCAGUAUCCUGAGCCAGAGCAGUAUCCUGAGCCAGAGCCAGAGCCAGAGCCUGAAUCAGAGAAGUACCCAGAGCCAGAACAAGAUCCUGAACCAGAUCAAUACCCUGAGCCAGAUCAAUACCCUGAGCCAGAGGAAGAACUUGAGCUGGAGGACUACCCAGAGCCAGAACAAUACCCUGAACCAGAACAAUACCCUGAACCAGAACACUACCCUGAACCAGACCAGUACUCUGAGCCAGAGCAAAAUCCUGAGCUAGAGUUAUACACUGAGGCAGAGGCAGAGCCUGAGGAUAAUGAGCUGAAUCCUGAAUAUGAUGGCUAUCAAAAUCUGGCAAGAGACACAGAGGAAGACCCAGAGGCCCAUGACAUCCUAUUUGAACCACCCAUUACAAAUGAGUCGAUAUUAGAGCAGCGCAUUAGAGAAGAGGCAAUGUCAGAUGUGUCCAAUGAGUCCUGCCAUGACCUUGACCCUGACGAAAUGGAUGAAUGUCUGAGAGUUGAAAUUGCAGCCGCUUCCUCAGACAGUGAGACAGACGAAAAAUGGCGAACAAUAUUCUCGUCUUCUAUAAAUAAAGAAGAUGAUGACUCAUAUUUGGACAGUCUUCAGCUGAGUGCCCAGGAGCUCUUUGUGCAAAAAGUUGAGACAGACUUUGAAGAGGUCCACUUUGAGAUUCCACAAGCGGAAGAAGUUCUGGAACAGCCCGAAGAUACAAUUUCCUCUCCCACCCCUCCACAGGAGGUUAAAUAUAACCCUUUAGGUCUUCAAGCUUUGUCAAAAAUCUCUGAAGAUGAGGGUGAAAAUGGCAGAGAUACAAAUCAUAACCACACCAACCACCAAGAGCACAUUAAUGCAGAUCCAAACAAGAAGAUACCUAAAGAUUUCUGUGUGAUACAAGAAACCAAGAGCGAGAAUGUUAGCACGGAGCAUGUGGACUUCCAGCUGGCUCGUAAACAGUGGAAGGAAAUGGAGGAGCAAACCAUGAACAAGAUUGUCUUACCUACAACCAAGCAUCCCAGCUUCCAUGGCAGCCACAGUUUCAUGUACACACCAGUUCGGAACAUUGAAAGAACCCAGAAGAAAGCACAUGAACUGGAAAACUUAAAUCUGGUUGGGGAUUAUCCUCACACCCAAUUCAGCCCUUGCUCAGAGGAUUCUGGCCUGGAUGACUCCAGUUACAGGUCCCCUUACGAUGACCCGGAAACACCAGUUGAAAGGGAGAUUCGCAUAUCAAUGGAAAGGGAAGAAAACUUUAGGAGAGAGAGGGGUCUCUCCAGGAUGGGCAUAUCAACUGAUUGCGCUCCAUCACGAAGUAUCCCCAGAUCCAUAAGUACACCCCUCACACCAUCAUUUAUCAUCACCUCCUCACCUACUAAGGAACCACUGAAACAUGAAGUGUCAGCGAACAACGUUAUCAUUCUCGACCCUAGCAAUGAUUUCAACUCCAGCCCCAGGCAUGGCGACGAGAACGUGGCAGCACAUGGCAGCGAGUGGCACUCUGAAGACAACAGUUCCAACGUCAUUAUUCUAGAGACAUCCAAUCUGAUUAUUCGCAGUGCCUCAGACUUCUCUCUCAACAAAGCUUGUGAGCAGCCCCAGGAAAAAAUGUUCCUGAGCAACCCCUUUUUCAAGCUGCGUUCAAGAAGCACAAUAUCACUGGUGGAUGAAGAAAUUAGGAUGGUUAAGCAGAGGGAGGAAGAACUGAGAAAAGAGAGGGCAAAUCUGUAUGGCAAAGACAGGUUCAAUACGGAAAGGAUGCUGUCAAAUCACAUGGACACUUUGGCAUUUGACAAUUCAGUUGAUGUACCAGUGAAGUGCAAGUCAUCUCCAUCAUCUCCAAUGAAAACAGCCUACAGGAUGGAUCGCUCAGCUUUAUCCUGUGAUCACAGAUUUCCAGACGUCUACACAGGAGGAAGACGCAAGAGUGCCAUGGCUCUGCGCUGGGAGGCUGGCGAGUUUACAAAAAACGACUGAAGACAAGUUUACCAUACAUGGGCAUUGGUUGUCACUGUUAUACUCAUUCAAGUUAGAUGCAGCAUUGCAAUGUUUGUUUCAUGUUGUGACAUAACCUAAACUCUGCUUUUGUGACACUUUGGGCAAAACUAGCAAGAUACUGAGAAUGUUUGUGGCCACAUUACUCUGGACGAAGUCUGUAGAGAACUAGAAUACAGUAUCAUACUGUACUGUGGACAUAUAACACUUGAUACUGGCCAGAGGGUGUGCAUUAUUUUCAGAAACCCACACAACUCUGACAUGUCCUUACCAUUUCUAAAUCAACAUUCAUAGCUGGAAGGCUGCUGGUUUCAGCUCUUAUAAAGCUACAGCUUCUAAUAUUUGUUGGAGUAGUAACGUAAUGUGUAUUACAAGACUGACAAAGAUGGUGCCAAGACACACUUUCCAUUUAAACCAAAUUACAGAUGAACAAUACUAGUAUUUUGAAUUAUGGCAAGUGGCGAUGGUAUAAAUGGGAUAAUCCUUUUUGAUCAGUGCAGGUAUCGAAAAUAACGCACUCCACAGGCAAAUCCAGGUUAUCAGUUUAUAUGUCAUGCAAUAAUUUAAAAUAACUGCAUUUCUCCUUAUGGAUUAUCUUCUGGCUUUAGAAGAACAAUUUAAAACCAGUGGUUUUGGUCAAACCCAAAACCACUGGAAGCACUGAACCUCAAAAAAGUGGGAAAUUCUUAGAUUCUCAAUAUUAUUCUCCAAAUAAUGAUUUGGCCUUAAUUUUAAUUUAAUUAUUUUUAAAGGAUAGCAGUAAAGGAUAAGACUAUCUUAAUAUCUUAAUACAGUAUUCAUAUGCCAUGUGUACAUUGAUGGUUCAGUUCAGCUGAAACUAACAUGGGUCUUCCAUAUUGUGAGUUAGACAAAUCAAGUGGCAGAUGUAUUGUUGAUAUAAUAUUGACUGUAAGUCUGUUUCGCCUAUGAAGAGUCCUCUUUGUAGUGCUGCCCUCUAGGUUGCAGAUAGGUCUUUAUUUAUUGUAAGUUAUUGUUGUUGGUUGUGGUGUGAUGACUUGUUGCAGUUAGAGCGAAGCUGUUGAGAUAACAGCUGUAUUCGUUCAUUGUUCUGUUUGUUUCUUGGUAACUUAGGGGCAGCUUUAACUGAAACUGAACCAGUGACAUCAAUGUUGCAGGCUGAAAGAUGCUAAAAUGCCAAUACAGUGAUCAUUCUCGGUUAGUUUACCACUACAAGUGACACCUUUGAUAUUACUCAUACUCAUUUGAUCCAUUGUAAAGGUAAAAAUGAUUUAAUAAUAAUGAUGAUGAUGAUUUGUGCAGGGAAAUCUCAAACUGAUGGAGACACAACAAGGACAACAAUCUUUCUGCUACUAUAAGCUUUAGGAGUCUCCAUGUGCUGUGCCACAGUAAAGAAACAGAGCAGCCUCAUGUUUGCUUCAGCUGAACAUUUGAAUUUUACACAGGACAGUGUUUUUGUAUAUAUCAUACUUUACAGUGUAGCUGCACUCUGCUGCAGAAUAUUUUUGUCAUCUUGUUAUUACUGUAUAUUCUGUUUGUUCUCUGUACCAUGGUAUCAGCAAACAAUGACUCUUGUGUAACAUAUGACGUGAUCACUGUAUUAAGAUAGACUAAAACAAUCUUAUAAAAAUGUAUCCUUUAUAUCAAAGAUAAUAAUGUGCUGACAGGAAAUUCCAAGUAUUUGCAGACAGUUCUUUUUGCUGAGAUGCCUGAACAGUAGACAUGUAUUGUUAAGUCCAUUCUUUGCUAAACUUCUCUUGACAUUACAAAUCUAAAUCAGAUUUGAAAGCAUAUUUUGAUGUUAUUGUACGUCUUGAUAAAGCAAAAGGUACAUUGCUCAGUGUAUAUUAAUUGUAUUUUCAUACUAUGCUUUUUUGCUGCAAAUAAUAUUUCAGGGUGAGCUGGAUGGGCAUAAAUCAGCACAGUAUACAAAAUAUAUUAUACCUAUGCCUUUCACUUAAGAAAUGUAGUUUACUCAGACAACUCACAUAGUGAAUGUCAAAAUUUUAGUGAGAAUGCGUAUGUGAGAAGGGUUGUGGGUUUAAAUCGGCCGGCUGGCUGAGGCCUUUCUUUUGUUUAAUUUGCAUGUCGUAUCUGUGCCUGUGUGGGUUUACCCUGGGUACAAUCAUCAGUGGGUACAGCUGAUGGAUAGAUUUUAGUUUUCUGUUUUGUUACUUCCUAACGGAUACUUGGGGACAUCAAACCAUUUGAGUUGUCUGCCUGAACUGGUUCCACAUUAUUCUGUAUGACCUACAGUAAGACAAUCCAGUAAGAACAGGUAUUGUGCUCAGCUACAGGACCAAUGACACAAAAAUGUCCACUGUCUUCACAUGCUUGCUUUGGAAAUUCCAAAAAAUGAAAAAGAUUUCCACAAAAAAAGGUAUUUUAUUCAAGCACUAUAUAUAUAUAAUAUUAGAUAGGACAUUAACUUCUUAAUCAAACAGGGCAUUUGUAUUUAUUUAGUACUUUUGUGGUUUCCUUUAUUGUGAAUUUACUGACCAUAUACAAAACAUUUCCAAAAAGGAUUUUCAGAAAUAAUAAUAUAAUAAAUAAUAAAUAAAUAUAAGAUUUUAAUAACCAAAUGUUUCUCAUAUUUACAAAGCAGU